AUGCGGAGCUCCUCGAUUGCCGUGCCAGCUUUGCUGGCCAGCGCCGCUGAUCGCGCUGCCGCUUUCUUCCCCAACUCGACGAUCCCGGGCAAUAGCUCUGAGCCAUGUGCUGCUGUGAGCGCUUCUUGGGCUUCGCAGCAUGCGAAGGCUCCGACUGUUACGCCGUCUGUGCCAGCCCAGCUGGCCUACGACUGCCUCAACUCCGUCCCUCUCGGAAAGGAGGCUGCCAUUGAGCUCGUGGACUCUCUGUUCCCGUACCUGGAGUGGCAGACUGACGCCGCUUAUAAGGCGGAUCCUCCACCAGAGUACGACUUCCCCGGCUACGAUCUCUUCGCAGCCGCCUCGAGCAUCAGACAAAACCUGGUGGACGAUGUUUACACCAGCGAAUACGCCUUCCAGUCUGCUCUCUACGAGGAGGUGUUUGGCCCAGGCCACGAUGGUCACUACGUGUACUACCCCGACUUGCUCACGGCGGUAUUUGAGUGGACCCGUCAGCGGGGCUUGGUUUCCAUUAGCGAGGAUGGCUCAUCUUUGCCGGUGAUCAAGAUCUACGAGGAGGUCAUCUCUUCCCCCGAGACCGCUUCUAUAGUCAAGCUCAUCAACGGCAUCGAUGCUUCCAAGUACCUCGAAGAUACCGUGAACAAGGCCAACUGGAACCGCGAUGCCAACUCUGCCUACAACUCCAUGUUCUUUGAGCAGUCUGGAAAGGCUACCGGAACUGGUAAUGGCUACUUCAGCUCUGGUGGUCGUAUCAGAUACGUCUACCAAGGUCCCAACACGACCAUCACUUUUGAGAACGGCACCGAGGUCACCUUCGAGAACCAUGCACGGGUCAAGAAGGAUCUCACCGGCAUCGUGGACGGCCCCUCGUUCUACGCCAAGUUCUGCAACCCUCUCAGCCCGGCCUCCGCUACUCCCGCAGGUACCACUCCCUCCAAUGCCACCGCCGCCAUCCUCCCAGGAUACCCGAAACCCGUCAUCGUCACCAGCGACGGCGUCGUGUCCGGCUACUACCUCGAGGGCGAAGGCUUCGAGGACGUCGCCGUCGUCGUCCUGACCGCCUUCGAGAGCGACAGCCCGGCCGAGUUCCAAAAGGUCACCAAGGACUUCUACACCGCCGCCCUCGCCGCCGGUAAGACCAAGCUAGUCAUUGACUUCCAGCAAAACGGCGGCGGCUACAUCCUGCAGGGCUACGACUUCUUCCGCCAGCUGUUCCCCGAAACGGACCAGGACGGCUUCUCCCGCUGGAAGGAGAGCGACGGCUUCGUCGCCGCGGCCCAGAUUGUAUCGGAUCUCGUGGCUGAUCUGAACAUCUACACCAGCGACGACGAGGACUUGAUUUCCCUGGCCGAGACCUGGUUCAACUGGCGCUACGACUACAACAUCACCAACCAGCCCUUCACCUCCUACGAGGCCAAGUUCGCGCCCCAAGUCUUCCAAAACACUACCUACACGGAACUGAUGCGCUGGAACCUCAACGACCCCCUCACCACCGUCAACGCCACCUUUGGUCUCGGUGUCGAGCUCAACGGCUACGGCAACCUCACCGGCCUGCCCCAGCCCUUCGCCGCCGAGAACAUCAUCAUCCUCUACGACGGCGUCUGCGCCUCGACCUGCACACUCGCCUCCGAGUUCCUCCGCAUCCACGGCGGCGUCAAAUCCGUCGCCUUUGGCGGCCUCCCCGUCGAGGGCCCCAUCGAGGGCGUCGGCGGCAUCAAGGGCUCCCAGGUCCUGGACUGGAGCAACAUCUACGACUACACCACCUCCCUUCUCCCCUACGCCUCCACCGACGAGCAAAAGGCCGCCUUUGCCCGCUACAGCGACCUGCCCCUGAACCGCAGCAUCUCGGCCGCCGUCAACGUCCGCGACCAGAUCCUGAGGGACAACGUCGAGGAUGGUAUCCCCGCGCAGUAUGUCCGCGAGGAGGCCGACUGCCGCCUCUACUGGACUCUGCCCAUGAUCAAGGACGUCACCGAGGUCUGGAAGGCGACUGCGAGCGCGGCUUUCAAUGGUGGCAAGUGUGCUUACGGAGGCAUCGCCAAGCGCGAUGUGUCUGCAAAGGCGGCUGUCAGGCGCAGCGAGUACUUGGCUGCUUCGCGUCUGCAGGAGCGGGCUGCUGCUGUUCGCCGUGACGCACCGGCUACAAAUGGCCGUUUCUGGCAGGAUAAGUUCGUUCAGAAGGCUAUUGAAUAA